GCGGCGUCAUGAGGCGAUGCGGGGCGGCGCUGCGACUCGCCAUCGAGGGCAACAUCGGUUCAGCUAAUAAAAGCCUUGUAAUCUGUUACUGCCUUUUGGAGGAGAGGUAGGGUUUUGUCCUGCUGGGAAGCGUUCCCUUUGGAGUAGAGCAGGCAUUUACAGGCACUUAUAUUGUGUAUUAUUUUAAAAUAAAAUCUGUGCUUUCCAUUUGUCCGGAUAAAGAUGGCUUAGUUGCUUCUGGCAAGUUAGGUGAAUAAAAGUCUGAUCAGGUACUUAAAGCUGGUACUUUAAAAUGAGGAGGUUGCACUUUGGCAGCCAAGCGAAGGGCUGGAGUUACUCAGGAGAUCUGGCUGUGCCUCUAGCACAUGACCAGGCUCUCACUCCCCUUCUUGUGUUUUUCUUGAGCUGUGGGGAAGUCCACAUUCAUAAAGCUCCUGGGAAGGACAUUCCCAGAAUGGCACUUGGUGACUGAACCCGUGGCGCAAUGGCAAAAGGUUCAAGCUACGAACACAAAAGAGGCUUCCUCUCCUCAGAGCUUUGGUAACCUGCUUCAGAUGAUCUACCAGGAGCCAUCCCGAUGGUCCUACACAUUCCAGACAUACUCCUGCAUGAGCCGACUUAAGGCACAGCUGGAGCCGCUUGCAGAGAGGCUGUUGAAGACCCCGGAGCCUGUGCAGGUUUUUGAGAGAUCUGUGUACAGCGACAGGUAUGUCUUUGCCAAAAACCUCUUUGAGGCUGGCCACUUGAAUCCGUUGGAGUGGACCAUUUACCAGGACUGGCACACUUUCCUCCUGCAGGAGCUCAGGGACCGCAUCGCUCUGCAUGGCUUCCUGUACCUCCAGGCAGCUCCGGAGAAAUGCCUAGAGAGGCUGCGCCUGAGGGCGAGAUCCGAGGAGAAGGGAAUUCAGCUCGAUUAUUUGCAGCAACUUCAUGCUCAGCACGAGAGCUGGCUGGUGGAGAAAACCACAGAGGUCCACUUUGCAAACUUAAAGAGCGCUUCUGUCUUGGUGCUUGAUGUCAAUCAAGACUUCAAGAGUGAUGUAGCUGUGCAGGAUGCCCUCAUGACAAAGGUGGAGGCUUUUGUCAAGACGCUGCGAUCCGAAGCUUUGCAGUUGUGCCCUGACCCUCAUUCGGGAGUUUAACUCCUUCAGACUUCUUGGACCCAACAGUAUCACUUUCCACCAGAGACUAAACCGAGCAACUGGGCAAUUAGUGUAGAGCUUGGAAAUGGGUACUGUCACCCCGAGCGCUCCAGUGACCAACAGGUCCCACGCUAGCUUCCAGACUGUGCAGUGGGCGAAGGAGGGGAUGGUGGUGCUGGAGGCUUUUAGGAGGUAGGUGAGGGGAGGCCGCAGAACUUUGGUAGUAAGUCGAAAUGUGUGUAGGCCUGGGAGAGAAGGGAGUUUUGGGGAACGGUUGCUUGAAAGAGCUUCUGAAGGGUGGUGAGGCACUGAAUUGGGUGGGUGCUGUUGAGUCUGGCACUGAAGAUAAGGACAAGGGACAGAUCAUGUGGGCUCUGUUUCCCAGCUGUCUCCUGCAGUCCUUUUAACCUCUUUCCUACCUUGGGCAAAAAGAUGUAUUUAUAGCACAGACAACACAGGACUUUUUUAAUCUUAAGGGGGGAAAAAAAAAGAAAGAAAAACACUUUCCAAAGCUGCGGUUGUCUGAUGUGCUUUCUGUACGUUGGGUUUGUGAUGUGGCAUGCUCUCAGCAGGAGCUGAUGUUUGGGUCUGAGAGACUUCCAAGGAAGUCUAAAGGGCCUAAAUCUGGGGUGCUUCCGAAGAUGUAACAUGCAGCGUCACAAAUGUUUCCAUGCUGUAAUCCUCCUCACGGAAAGGCAGCCUGUUGCUGUAGGGGCGUAGGUGUGGAGCUCCGGGGAGACCUCAGCCAGCGAGGUGGCGGCAGGACCUGUCCGAAGCCAGGCGGGAGGUGAAGGAGCCUCCCAGAAGCAGCGGAGGUGCCUCCGCAGGGAUGCUCGCGAGCGCUGCGCUUCGUGAGGAGCGUGUUUGCUGCUGACCAGUUGAAGUAAGGGAUGGGAGGGAGAGUUCGGCUCCCCCAGGGCUGUGACUUCCCCCGCUGCUGUGGUCGAUGGGAGCGUCCAAGCUGCCCGCCCUACAGCCUCGGUCUUGCUGCUGGAGGGUGACCAAGCCUGCUGCUUGCCCAGCCUGGAAAGAACUGACCGUGGACGAAGCUGCCCAGAGCCCUUUCUGUGUCCGUUCCUGCAAGGCAGUACGUGCUGGGAGGCUCGCGUUCCCGUGCCGUGCCUCGGCCCGUGCGUUAGAGCUCCUUCCACAUCUGUAGAUGUUUGCUGGGGAUGUUGGAGGAGCAGAUGCUUUGUAAUGUGAAUUUAAUGCACUGGUUAAAUUCCAAAGGAAAAUCUUUGUGCUUUUAUUUGGCUUGUGUUUAAGUUACGACAAACCUUUUUUUUUUUUUUUCCCCUCCUCCCUUUAAAUUAAAAACAAAGCAAAAUAAAA